GCGCAGGGUAAAGUUAGCCUUUUAUCACGACAUGGAUUUUUGAAAACACUUGCUGUAUUAAAUCUGCAGUCUCUUUAAUGUCUGUUAUUGGAAUAAUUUAAACUCGCAGUGAAGAAACCAAUGGCUGUUUCGCGCACGUGCUACUGUUUCUAGUAACCAUAGAAACUAAAUUCAGGAGUCUGCUGCAGUGAUUUACUUUUUACAGGUGGAAAUUUAUCAACUAUAUUUAUAUGAAUGCGGAUGAACAAACUUAAUAAUGAUAUCGUCGAGAAAGCGUGAGAAACCUAAGAUCAGCAAGAUGCUGCAUUCACCAUCUGUGGAGAAACCUCAGCAACUGGCUGCCUAUGUGUCUUGGGUUAAUGCACAGCUGAGGAAGAAGCCUGGACUGAAUCCUGUGAGUGAUCUACGACAGGAUCUCAGAGACGGUGUGGUCCUAGCACACCUCAUUGAGAUAGUGGCUGGGGAGCUGCUGGAUGGCAUUCAUUAUGUACCACGGGACGAUCAGGAGAAGAAGCAGAAUGUGGAGAAGGUUCUGCAGUUUGUGUCAUCCAAACGGAUCAGAAUGCCACAGACGUCUGCCAGGGACAUUGUGGAGGGGAACCUUAAAUCCGCCAUGAGGCUCAUCCUCGCUCUGGCUGCACAUUUUAAACCCUCCGCAUCAGCCAGUCACAGAGCAGGAGCUAGUGUAGGCAGGAGUUCCACUGGCUCCUCGGCCAAUCACAGACCUCAUUCCACCAUGGCCAUGGCCCAGAAUGCAGCAGCAGCACUGGCAGCGGCCAGGCAGGAUGCCGCUCGUCCUGGGCGCUCUGUCUUCCAUCUAAGACAAGAAUGGAGUCGUGGCUGCAGUGGUGAAGAGGACAGUGAGAACCCCUGCUUGAGUGUCCGAGCAUUGGUCCAGCAGUAUGAGGGACAGAAGGGGACAUCUGAAGAGGAGACAGGAGCAAGAUCCACUGGCCUCAGUUCACCGAGCCCCACUCACAGUCCCAAAGACUCCGUCAGCCUAUCAGACGUGAAGGCAGGACUGUUAGACACCUUAUGCAGGGAGAAAACCAUUAAGUCAGAGGACACAGUGAAAUUGGCCCUGUGUGACCAGGCCAUUGUCUCAGGGCAUGAUGGUCCAGCUGGUGACCUCACCUGGGAGGACAAAUUGUGUGAGCAGCAGGAGCAGCUGGAGAGGGAGAUGCAGGAGGCACGGAAAAUGGUGUCCAGCCUACAGGCUCUUCUUCUGCACGGUUCAUUACCUGAGGAUGAGCAGGAGGUGUCGCUUAGUCUGGGCGAGGGAGUUGAAAAUGCGGAGCAGCAACUGGUUGUAAUACGAAGUCGUCUGGACCAGAGUAUGGAGGAGAGUCAAGAUCUAAAGAGGGAGCUAUUGAGGUUCAAACAGGAGGCUCGCAACCUACAAGGAGUGAAAGAUGCUCUUCAGCAGCGUAUGGCUGUGCAGGAAUCCUCAGUCCUGCAGCUCAAACAGGAACUCCUGCGCACCAGUAUGGCCAAAGAUGAGCUGGCAGGACAAAAUGCUGAGCUACAGAGGAAGCUAGAGGAGAGGAGCAGAAUUCUCAGUGAAUAUAAGAAAGAACUGGGCCAAAAGGAUCGACUUCUGCAGCAGCAACAGCAGAAGCUGGAUGAGGCACUGCGCAAGCUGACAGACAGCAGCAGCCAGCAGGCUUGCCUGCAGAGGGAGCUGGAGCACAAGGAGAGUAUUCUCAAAGAGUUAAUGAGCCAUGACACUGAGCUUCCUAGCUCGCAAAACAAUGGCUACUCGCACCCACCAGUCACAACAUCAAAACCACACCAUGGGGCCGAGGAGCUGCAGUUAGUAAGAGAUGCUCUGCGUAGUCUGAGGAACAGCUUUGGAGGUCACGACCCUCAGCAUCACACUCUGGACACCCUUGAGCAAGGUGUGGCCAGCCUGAUGGAUCGCCUCUAUGACCUGGAAACACGGCACAAACAGGAAAGGAGGACCCGAGGCAAGUCUCCAGGACAUAAAGCAUCUCACUCAGAUCGAGACUCCUGGCCUCCUACUUCCAAAAUUGCUCAUUCUCACAGCAGCCCUGCACUAAACUCGUCAGCAUGCACCAAAGUCCUGUACUUUACUGACCGCUCACUCACACCAUUCAUGUUCAACAUCCCCAAGAGGUUGGGGGAGGUCACUUUGCGAGACUUCAAGGAUGCCUUAGAUCGGGAAGGCAAUUAUCGAUACCAUUUUAAAGCACUGGAUCCAGAGUUUGGUACUGUGAAGGAAGAGGUUUUCCUGGAUGAUGCUGUGGUGCCUGGCUGGGAAGGGAAAAUCGUGGCUUGGGUAGAGGAGGAUCAUGGGCAAAGAGGGACCUAACAUGAGUCAGCAAGAAUCAAAGGAAAUGGAGACAUCUGUGCCAAAAUGAAAUAACAUUGAUUUGUAACUUAAGUGUACAGAGAAUGGAAUUCUCUUCAGUGCCCUAAGAAAGUCCCACCCACCUUUUUACUCUAUCCUGCAUGAGCUGAACAGCAGAAUGACUCUGAAAGGACAUGGAGGAUCAUCCUAAGGACCACCAGAUGGUGAAAGUCCCAUCUUGCGUCUUGUCCAGACCAGUAGUAUUACACGCUUAUAACUAUACAGAGGAUGAGAGAAAAGCAACUCUGAUCUCUUUUAAAGGUCAUGCCAUUGAACAGACACCCAUUCCAGCAAAUACUUUACAGGCAGACAUACUCUUCACUGUGAUUCAAGGAGCCUUUUGUUUGUUACUAUAAUGACACCUUGGAUUUCUCAAUUCACCUACUUUAAAGUAGGUUCUGCCAGAGUACUUUUUUGUUUUUCGUUUAACCAAAAUUGAAACAAUUUUGCUGUGGAAAGAGACAAGUAGGUAAUCUUGACUGUCAAGAGUACUUGUGUGAAUGUGUUGUGAAUCUUAAGAAAGAAUAGCAGUAAAAGUAUGUGUGAAGUAUAGAGGGGAAAGGAGUUUGAAGCCUGUAGCUGCCACACUAUGAGAUUGUUUUGGGUUUUUUUAUCUUAGAGAUAGAGUUUCCUUAAAACAUAUGUUAGACACAUUCUUUAUAAUGAAAAACUCUUCCAAGGACCAAAGUAUUUUGCUUGUUUGAUAUAAGAUCUUACGAUAUCAUUCAGUAUGUCUUUUUAAAGAGCCCUCUGUUAGAAACAUUCAGACAGGUGAUGAAGGCUUUUUUGUAUGCAUGUCUUUUGAGAGUCUGCACUGAAGAUUUGACAGUAUAGCAUAAAUGUGAGAUUACUGUUCAUGAUUUUGUGGCUUUCAAAUGCCAUUUUAGGAACUAUAAGAUGUGCCGUUCAACUGCACUAAUUUGAGUUUACAGGAAAGUGCCUGGAAUCUGCUACCAGAGAGAGGUGACCGGGUUUGCCUUUUGUAUUUUUUGUUCUGUUUUAUAUUUAUGUAAAUAUGUUAAUAUAUCAGAGACAGAGCGAGGCAUAGUGCCUUUAUGCUGUAUAAAUGAUGUCCUAUAAAUACUGAAUAAUAUUUUAAAAAUAUGAAAAUGCCCCCUUUGUUUAAAAAAAAAAAAAAGCACAUAAUUACUCUCAUCAGAGAAGCUUGUAGCUAACAAGAACCAUCUAAACUCACAAUGGAUGGUGAGACAAGCAGCUGUAUGAAUUAUUGAAAUUCUGCUUUUACCCUCCUGAUUACUGCUGUUUGCAUUACUGGUUUAAGAAGAUUGUUAUUUGGUUUGCAAAUAAACAGUUUGAAGCAGUA